AGAAGGCCGCUCUUAAUUGGGAGUGUCCUGGGACAACCUACUUGUCUGUCCAGCGUGUCCCCACAGCGUAUAAAAAGCCUUCACUCCAAAGCAAAGCGGCGGCGGGAGCAGCAGAGAGUCCCUCCCCACAAAACCUUAAUAAAAAACCCUCGCACUACAACAAAAGGCAACGCCUCCAUUUCCCUUUCGCUGGAAACUUGCCCCACCCGAAACGGCGUCGCACGAACGAUACCAGAAACCCUAGAUAUACAGACAGAGCGAGAGAGAGACUAGAGCAGACGACAUGUCGCAGUCACUAGAGCUCUUGCUGAUACAAUUCCUGAUGCCGGACAACGACGCCCGGCGGCAGGCGGAGGACCAGAUAAAGCGGUUGGCCAAGGACCCUCAGGUGGUUCCCGCGCUCGUAUAGCACCUCCGCACCGCCAAGACGCCGAACGUGAGGCAAUUGGCAGCAGUGCUUCUGAGGAAGAAGAUCACUGGACACUGGGCCAAGCUCUCACCCCAGAUUAAACACCUCGUUAAGCAGUCCCUCAUUGAGAGCAUCACAAUGGAGCACAGUCCGCCGGUGAGGCGAGCCAGUGCCAAUGUGGUUAGUGUCGUCGCAAAAUAUGCAGUCCCGGCUGGAGAAUGGCCGGAUUUGUUGCCCUUUCUGUUUCAAUGUAGUCAGAGUGCACAGGAAGAACAUAGAGAGGUGGCAUUGAUCCUGUUCAGCUCUUUGACUGAAACAAUAGGGAAUACGUUUUGGCCACAUUUCGCAGAUUUGCAAGCUCAAUGCCUGCAGGAUGAGACAAGCAACUGUGUCAGAGUUGCUGCGCUCAAGGCCGUAGGGUCUUUUCUGGAAUUCACUCAUGAUGGGGUUGAAGUGGUGAAAUUUCGGGAAUUCAUACCUAGCAUCUUAAAUGUAUCAAGACAAUGCCUUGCAGCUGGCGAGGAGGAUGUUGCUAUUAUUGCUUUUGAAAUUUUUGAUGAGUUGAUUGAAUCUCCAGCACCUCUUCUUGGUGAAUCUGUUAAAUCCAUUGUGCAAUUCUCUCUUGAAGUUUUUUCAACUCAAAGUUUAGAAUCUAAUACACGUCAUCAGGCAAUUCAGAUAGUUUCAUGGCUAGCAAAGUAUAAAUCCAAUUCCCUCAAAAAGCAUAAGCUGGUCAUCCCUAUUCUGCAAGUUAUGUGCCCAUUGCUUGCAGAAUCAAAUGAUGAAGAUAAGGAUGAUGAUCUUGCUCCAGAUCGAGCUGCUGCAGAAGUUAUUGAUACUAUGGCUUUGAACAUACCAAAGCAUGUUUUCCACCCUAUCUUUGAAUUUUCUUCUUUAAGCAGUAAAAAUGCAAAUCCAAAAUAUCAGGAAGCAUCUGUUACCGCUUUAGGUGAUUCAGAGGGUUGUUUGGAGAUGAUAAAAGAUAAGUUGGAUCCAGUUCUUCAUAUUGUCUUAGGCGCUCUGAGAGAUCCUGAGGAAAUGGUUAGGGGGGCUGCAUCAUUUGCAUUGGGUCAGUUUGCAGAGCAUUUGCAGCCGGAAAUUGUUUCCCACUAUCAAAGUGUACUUCCUUGCAUUUUGAAUGCCCUUGAGGAUGCAUCUGACGAAGUGAAGGAGAAGUCGUAUUAUGCUUUGGCAGCAUUUUGUGACAACAUGGGUGAGGAAAUUCUUCCAUUCCUUGAUCCGUUGAUGGGAAAACUACUGGGGGCCCUCCAUAAUAGCCCUCGUAAUUUACAGGAGACAUGCAUGUCUGCGAUUGGUUCGGUGGCAUCUGCGGCAGAGCAGGCAUUCGUUCCGUAUGCUGAAAGGGUUUUGGAGUUGAUGAAAAGUUUCUUGGUGCUUAGUAAUGAUGAGGAUCUUCGUUCACGAGCAAGAGCUACUGAAUUUGUUGGAAUUGUUGCAAUGUGUGGGGAGGCCCUUUUGGUUUCAUUAUGCAGUGUCACUACAGAUGGAACUAUUGAGUGGGAAGGCCCUUUUGGUUUCAUUAGAACAUGUCUCGACUUUUUCAACAUGUUGGAGGCUUGUGAGAAGACAUUAUUUUUUAUCUAUCACCAAAGACUCGAGGGAUCAAAUUUUGGCAGAUUUGUAGUUGAAAACAUUCCAUACUAUGGUGACAUAUUGCGUGGACUUUACCCACUAUUUGGGGAAUCUGAGCCAGAUGAUGCUGUCAGGGAUAACGCAGCUGGAGCAGUGGCAAGAAUGAUAAUGGUGCACCCUGAAUCUAUCCCAUUGAAUCAGGUACUUCCUGUUUUCUUGAAGGUUCUUCCACUAAAAGAAGAUCGUGAAGAGUCCAUGACGGUGUAUAGUUGCGUCUCUACUCUUGUUUUAUCAUCUAAUGCCCAGAUCCUUUUUCUAGUCCCAGAUUUGGUUAAUGUAUUUGCUCAAGUUGUGGCAUCACCAGUUGAAACUUCUGAAGUAAAAGCACAAAUCGGAAGAGCUUUUGCUCACCUGAUUUCACUCUAUGGCCAACAAAUGCAGCCCCUUUUGAGUAACCUCUCCCCUGCUUAUGCAAAUGCCCUAGCCGCAUUUGUCCCGAAAAGCUGAUUCGGGGUGGGCCAGUGACUUGCCUUCUCGUUGCAUUUGCUCCAGGAAGCUGUUCGAUUGAGCCUGUGGAUUGUGAUUCCUCACCAAUAGUUUCUACCCGCCUUUCUUGCUGAGAUUCUUUUCAACCGUGGUGUGUUGUUCCCAUGUUUUAUAGAUGGGUUGGCUGAAAUCUUGGAGGAGGACAUCGUUCUAUAAGGUGAUCCUCCUCCUAUUACCAUCUCCAUUUUUCAAGGCUGGUGAUACUGCUUUUUCUUCUUCUUCCUUAUUUUCCUGUGGUAUCUUUUUCCCCCCGAAUCUUCUUUCCAUUAUCCGGUCUGCGUUGAGCGUUCGUGUGCAUUCUUUGAUACUUUUAUGUGCGUGAUUUUAUUAUUUGUUUGAGUAUCAUGGUUGUCCGCUGUCAGGUUUCCAUAGGUUUGAAAAUUUCGCCUUUCCCCUCACAGAAUUAGUGAAGAUGAUGCAUACCCAUAGUAUAUCAACGCAGCGUUGUCUAUAAGUUAUUGCUUGCAGAAUCAAAUUGCCAACGGUAAAAUUGGCGCUUUCGAUUUUCGGCAGUCAUAGUAACAAGGUUACUUUUGUGUUAUUUAAGAAAUGUGUUUUGAUAUGUACUAAUUUUCAGUUUGGACUUGAGUAUGGUUAAUUUAUGUUUUUCCAUGGUUA